CGAGGGAAGCGGCGCCCGAGCAUCCUCCCCACCCCCGGCGCCCUCCGGCCCCCGAUCCCGCCGCCCGCUCCCGCACCUCCGCCCUGCGCCGCGGCCGGGGGCUUCUCCUCCUCGCCCUCAGAAACUUUGCGCCCCCGGGUCGUGGAGGGGACCGUGGGUUUCAGAACAAUGAUUCCUCCAGGGGAAUGCCUAUAUGCUGGGAGAAAAAGGAGGAAACCCAUUCAGAAACAAAGGCCUGCAGUCGGGAAUGAAAAAUCGAAUCCUUCGAAGAGACACAGGGACCGUCUGAACGCGGAACUGGACCAUCUGGCCAGCCUCCUGCCUUUUCCACCUGACAUUGUAUCAAAGCUGGACAAACUUUCCGUCUUGCGCCUAAGUGUCAGCUAUCUCCGAGUCAAAAGUUUCUUUCAAGCCAUUCAAGAAAAGCACUUUAAGAAGCAAGUUGGCCAAACAAUAAAAGAAGACAAUAUAUCUAACAAGACUGCUGUACAAGAAGGUGGACUUCUACUAGAAUCACUGAAUGGUUUUGCAUUGGUGGUGAGUGCAGAUGGAAUGAUAUUUUAUGCAUCAUCUACAAUUGUGGACUAUCUAGGGUUUCAUCAGACUGAUGUAAUGCACCAAAACAUAUAUGAUUACAUUCAUGUGGAUGAUCGCCAGGAUUUCUGUAGACAACUGCACUGGGCCAUGAACCCUCCCCAGAUGUUGUCUGGACAGCAAUCACAGACAGAAACAGGAGAAGAAUAUAUUCUCAGUAAAUUGUUUAAAGCACAAGAGAAUGACAGCAUGACAACAGAUUAUUCUUCCUUCUUAACUCGCUGUUUCAUCUGUCGAGUUCGCUGCUUGUUGGACAGUACUUCUGGCUUCCUUACAAUGCAAUUCCAAGGCAAACUAAAGUUUCUCUUUGGACAAAGGAAGAAGUCCUCAUCAGGAACAGUACUGCCACCUCAGCUGUCCUUAUUCUGCAUAGUGGUACCGCUUCUGCUCCCUUCUGUGACGGAGAUGAAGAUGAAAAGCCUGCUUGUGAAAGCAAAACACAAAGCUGAUGAUUCAACAGCAGCAAACACAAACUCCAGUUCAAAAGGCAGUUCAGGGCUGUGUGAAGCAACAGAAUUAUAUGGAAGAAACAGUCACCAUGAAGGUGCCGCUUUCACUAAUGCAUUACAGAUUGCUGAAAACCAAAUCAAAGCAAAGAAUAACGGAGAAAAUGGCAUUUCUCUAGUCAAAGUACAAACAAAUGAAGAUCACUGGGUCUGGGUUCAAGCUAACACUCAACUUCUGUAUCGAAGUGGUUGUUCAGAAUAUGUCCUUGCCCAACAGCAAAUGUUAAAGGAAGAAGAUGAACAACUGAAGAUACUAAGCGGUUUUGCCAGUUUGAAAGGAAACCUGGAGGGUCUUUCCCGUAACAGUGCCAUUGAAACUCUGGGUCAGUGGAAGCAUCUUAACUGGACAGCAGUAAAAAAUGAACAAGAUAAUGUAAAAUUGAAGUUUGAGCCUCAUACUAACGGUGAGUGUUUCAUGCAAGAGGAACCUCUCAGUUCUAACACUUCAGUUUUAGGCAUUCAAAACAACUGCACAGCAAACAGCAGCUGGAAUUUAAGAAACUCGAGCUCUUGUUCUAUGAGCCAGCGAAUAAACUCGUGUUCAAACAGGAGAGCUGCAUCAUUCUACAACAGAGACCAGAAUUUCUUAAAUUUGACAUCAACUUGUCCUUCCCACUGGGGAAGUGUAGAAAACAGCCAGUCUUACUCGGGCGUCCAGCAGCGCUGUGCAGAGACCUAUAUGACAGACCAUCUGAAACUUCAGAGACCAUUGAUAUCUUCAGAGUCUCUCUAUGACACCGCCGUUCCCUUGGAGAUGCCUAUCAAAAUGGAAUAUGAUUCUGAUUCUGAAAACACUGCUGACAACUACUUGAUGUCGCAAAACCGAGCAUGGCUGGAUGAGAACAGCUCGGUGAGAAAGCAGGUGUGUAGCUACCCCGGUAGAGUGCAUCUCAAAAUGGAACCGGACCUUUGUGAGCCAGCCUUGCCUUGUCAGAAGCCAAGGCACUGCCUUUACACACCACACAACUGGCAAUGCAUUGUAGCAAAUCAUCCAAACAACCUAAACUUGAACAGAUCCUGCAAGGGUUCACGUAACAGGGAGGUGGCCCCUUUUUGCCCUCAGAACUCCUCCAUGUGUCUGGAAAGCAUGCCUGACUUGCCACACACGGCUUGCUACGGCCAUUUCUACAGCCCCAGCCCAGGGGAGGAGAAAGAGCAGAAUAAUGAGGUGUUCAAAAUGCCGUGUGAAUUUAAAAACCCCUGCUUGGUUCAAGCAAUCAAGCGUGAGCCCCUGGAUUCUCCACCAUUGUCCAACAGCGGACAGAACAGAGUACAUGUGAGCUUCCCUGAAAAUACAUUAGCAGGUCCCGUGCCUCAUAAAACCACUGAAUGUACAUUUUUGCAAUAG